AUGUUGCAAUGCUUUUCGGAUGUCCUCCCUCUUCCAUUCGGUCGAGCAACUUCCUUUCCGGUGCCCACCUCUCCCUAUACGGCGGCGGCGGCUGCGGCAGCCGCAGCUGCUGCUGCAGCAGCAGCAGCCGCCGCAGCGUCGGCCGCCUCACGUCAUAACAGCAACAACACUAACCAUACUGGCAGUCAACCCGGAUCCAUGUCAAACACAUCCCCAUGCUCUGUGUUUCGGGAACCGUGGGACGCGUCCUGGAAUUUGAUGAUGAACAAUCGACCAAUCUCCACCACUGUGACCACGACCACUGCCACAACGACGAAUUCAGUCACCUCAAACUCCACUACCACCACCACCUCUUCGUCGGCCCUAUUCCCCGGUCCAAACAACACACCAGUAUCCGGUCCGGCCUCGGUUCUUAGUCCAUGCACAUUUCCAUCCUAUGCAACCCAGAGAAAUGACAUCCUGAGCAAUCCAGCUUCUCCCUUGCUACCUUCCCUGUCCGGGUUGCAUCCAUCGCUCAGUGCAUUUAUGGCCAGUCCGUUAUACGAUGCGGCACUUCAGGCUGCGGCCUCAGCCUCUCCGGGUUCUACGGCCGCACAGCUAUGGGCCGCCCAAACUCAGCGCCAGUCUCAACUUACCCCGGUGGAGACUAUGACUUCAACCGAUGCUGUUCUAACCCCGAGCGGCACGGACGAUGCCAGUCUACUACAACCGGGCAAAUUGGGUUCUUCUUCUCCAGCCUUGGGUACGUCCACAGCGUCAGCCUCGUCCUCAGUUGCUGCAGUGGCAGCGGCUGCAGCUGCAGCUGCUGCUCUCAGUCAUUCUCCGUCACCGACAGCUAUGGCUGCUGCUGCAUUCCAGUCAGAGCUGUUGAAAGCUGCAAACAGUCGCAGCCCGUCGGUCACCAUGACUUCCCGUGUUGGUCUUCCCCCGUCCAGCAUAGACUCACUAAAUCCUACUCCCACAUCAUUGUUGGACAGUUGGACUGGUGCACUGCGGUCUCCUACCCAACCGACUUCAUCCUCUGCAGCCGCGGCGGCAGCCGCAGCAGCAGCUGCAUCAGUUACAGCUGGGACUGCAGCGGCUGCUGCCGCUUCCGCAGCUGCAGCAGCCGCGGUUUGGCGUGGUUGCUUGACCAACACGGCCUCUGGUAUGACCCACGCAAGCGGACCGAACGGAUUUGGUCUGAACACUUCGCUUUCUCAGCCCAAACCUCUAUCGGCUGCCCCGAUCACCACAUUGUCGAACUCCGGAUAUGGACUGGUACCAAACUCGGAAUUCGCCUUUUCCAAUCCAGCCGCAUUGCUAGCGUCCGGUUUGAAUGAGACCGGAGCCUCCAGUCCAUUUGGCUCGGUUACCAAUGCACACCAAUCCGCUCCACUAACAGAUCAUCCGCAACGCGCUGCCGCCGCCGCUGCUGCUGCUGCAGCUGCCGCAGCCGCUCACGUCCACAUCCUAUCCAGUUUAGCUGCUGUGGCUGCAGCUCAGAGUCCACAAUCCAAAUGUCGUCUAACCGGUUCGCAUAUGAGCUCUGAAUCGCCCUCUCCGUCGUUUUUCUCUCGACCAUUAACCGGAGAUCUGCUACUUCCUCCCAGUGUUCAACAUCCUGCUUCCCCAUGCACAGACACCGCAGUCGGAACCGGGGCAGACACUCCGUUCAGUUUGGCCCGUCCCCUUGGGACCGCUCCAGGGGAAUCUGUUCAAGCGACCGAUCGUGACUGUUCGUUUGUCAGUGCACCCCGUUUUCCCAUUGUGGUAGAUAAUCCGACACACACGGACAAACGCAAGUACGGAAAUGCAACAGCUGACUGGACAGGAAACGGUUUGGACUAUCCUCGAGCCUCGGAGUCCGGUGUUAGCUACUCCACUUCGUCCCUGUUAUCAGAACCAUCCGGUGUUGGACGGGCACCUUCACAUACUAUUUCCCAAGGCCUGUCGGUCAAACCAGCAGCGGACACCAAGGGGUCUGAGGCGAGAAAGAUCUCUAACACGACCGGUGCUCGUCGACUGGAGAAGCCCAUUUCUUUGUCCACAUCCAAUCGUUCGGGCACCGGAUCGACGAACAAUAUCAGUCGGGACAACGGAAAUGCAUCGUCUAACGACGCGAGCACAGGCACAGCCACUGGGACUAAACGGGUGCACAUCAAAAAACCGCUGAAUGCGUUCAUGCUGUUUAUGAAGGAUAUGCGACCGCGUGUUCAAGAGGAGUGCACACUCAAAGAGUCCGCAGCCAUCAAUCAAAUACUGGGACGCAAAUGGCAUGAACUGCCUCGGGAGAAACAAGCCAAAUACUAUGAGAUGGCUCGAAAGGAAAAGGAAUUACAUCAUCAGGUGAAUGAGUGUGCAUUGUUUUGA